GUACGCACGUCUGGAAAGGUCUGGAUCACAGACUUUAGGCACCGACAAUAUGAUAUAGGGGAGACCUCAUGUUAUUAUAAAAGGAGGGUGAACGACUGCCAUCUCUAGACUUACAAUCGACCAGUCUCAGACACCAACAAGUAUCCGACAACUCAUACUUCACGUCCUCUAUCAACAUCACUAUCACCACCUCUUUCAAAAUCUUCAAGACAACUACUACCGCAAAAAUGCAGUUCACUACCUUCAUCGCCGCUGCCGCCGCCCUUGCUUUCGGCGCCAACGCCAACGUCACCCCCCGCGACGGUGCUCGUCUCGCGCAGUUCCGCAUCUUCGGCGCUGACGGCUGCCACGACCAGAACAUGGGCUUUUACACGGUCGACGAAUCUGACGCCAGCGAGUGCCACGAAUUCAGAGCCGCCGUCAAGUCCAUCAAUCUGGAGGCCAUGGAGAAGCCCGCGGCCGACGGCUGCAACCUCUUCGUCUACACCAACAACAUCUGCAAUUCGGGCGAACAGAGCCUCAGCCUGAACACUUGCAUCGACGUGCCCCCGCCCGACGUCAUGUUUUCCUCGUGGAAGAUCGUCUGCUCCGGUUUGUAAACAGCAUUCCGCUCUCACCUCUCACUGUCUCUAUAGAGACCAUAGGGCGAUCUAGAAGUUCGGAAAGGUGGAGAUUUUGGUUCACCCAACGAUUCUGAUGGAAGAUAGAGCAGGAAGAGGGAGGGAAAGAGGGUAUGGGAAGACAGUACCUACGAUUUUCUGGGUCAUCUUGCAUCUUGCAUAGUUAACUAAGACAUUCCGUUAAUUGGUUGGAAAAAGGAGAUUAUUGGCUUCGAUUAUUGGCA